UCACAAUUCAACAUGAAGCUCCUCUUUGCGACUGUAUGCGCUUCAAACCAGAAUCGAUCCAUGGACGCACACGACAAGCUCUGCAAGGCGGGGUUCAAUGUCUGUUCGUACGGCACCGGAUCUGCUGUCCGUCUACCAGGUCCAGCAGCGGAUAGGCCGAAUAUCUACAAGUUUGGCACGCCGUACAAUCAGAUCUACCAAGAGCUUGCGGCGCAAGACAAGAAGCUGUAUACGGCGAACGGGCUGUUGUCCAUGUUGGAUCGGAAUCGGAAUAUCAAGGAAGCGCCCGAGAGGUGGCAGGAACACAAGAGUACGUUCGAUGUGGUGAUUACGUGUGAAGAGAGGUGUUUUGAUGCUGUUUGCGAUGAUCUGAUCAACCGGGGAGAGAACCUCAACCGCCCUGUUCAUGUCAUCAACGUCGACAUUACGGAUAACCGCGAGGAAGCAGACGUAGGAGGAAAGGGUAUCCUUGAGCUUGCAACGGCUUUGGAGGCAUGCACAGACCCAGACGGCGAGAUCCAGGAGGUCCUCGCUCGAUGGCAGGAGGCACACCCACGGCUGCCCGUACUGCACGCCGUUCACUUCUUUUGACAUACUCUCUCUCGGGACUUUUUGCUUGGAAUCUUGGCAUGGCUGGCGUUU